CGUCACCAUGGAAGCGCUCCGUUUGCGACCUGGAGACGCCAUUUUGCUUCCCUCUGCGUGUGUGUGCGUGCGUGUGCGUGAACGUGUGUACGUGUGUGCGUGGGCGCCCAUCGGUGCAAAUACCUCUGUAGCUCCCAAACAUUCAACACUCCUCACGUCAGUCUAAACACGACCAACAUGUUAACGCUCGGACAACAGCUAGCCUGCUCCACACUGGACAAGUAGACAUGGGAACAUGGAAUACGUGACGUUUAAUGGUCUCGACGAACGUCGUCGAAGUGUCACCGGGUGGAAAUACAAGGCGGCCUCGGUCCACCUGCGAGUGGACUGUAGUCCUGAGGGAGGCAAGUGUGAAUGUGGACACGCCAACGGACCAAAACAACGGAUAUGAUGUGAUCAAAUGUGACUGUACUGGAAAACACCCAACAGAAAAGCUGUUAAAUUUGAGUGGCUUCCGAUCAUCAACGACUCAGGAUGAACGCCAGAAGGAGAGAAGAGGAAUGUAUUCAUCCUCACAAGAUUUCCCCUGAUUCCUCUCAUGUUUGACCACAUUUGCUACAUCGUCAAUCAUGAUUCUUGGCAUAAUCUCCCAGGAGUUGUACCAGCAGCUUCUGGACCCAAAUAAUUACCAGAAUCGCACAAAUGGCGUGGAAGAGCUGAAACAAAUCCUGUCGGAAGUAAACCUGAAACUGGUCUCUUCUGACAGCAUUGAAGAGUUCAUAAAUUUUCUCUCUAGACUUUUGGAUGAUAGUAAUUUUAAAGUAUUGUAUGGCACCUUACAAGUUUUAAAUUUACUCAUUCGGAGAUUAGACACAAGCAUUGACAAAUAUGUCAAACAGAUAGUCUUGGUGGCCCUUAAGGCUCUAGGUGACACUUGCACCAUCGCCAGGAAUGAAUACAUGAACAUAUUUCAACAGAUGAUGAAAACUGUUGCCCCGCAACAAGUUUUAGAUCUUGUCAUUGGCAACUUGAAACACAAAAAUUCCAGGGUCCGGGAGGAUGUUCUGAACAUUAUUAUUGCAGCAAUGCUGACUCAUCCAAGGAAAGAGUUCAACAUCCCAAAUCUUUGUUUUGAAGUUGCACCAUACUUGGCAGACAGCAAGAAAAAGGUCCGCCACGCCGCCCUUGAGUUGUUUGCUGUUUUUGACUCCUGCCUGGACGCUGGGAAAAAACAGCCUCUCACAAAAGCGGUAGACAUGGUUGAGCUGAAUGAGGAAGCUGAGGGUCUUAUGGCAGCUGUACAGGCCAGACGAGCAAGGCGUGUCCUCCCUAAACUUUCACCAGAGGGGGUAGUGGAGUACGGUCUGGUGGUACCUAAAUCAGGCUUGCGCUGCUCGCCACAGGCUACUUCUGGAGCUGAUCUGGACUGGGUGAUGAAUGGAGGACGUCUGAGUAGCGCAAGGAGUCAGAGAACUGAGCUGGACUGUGAUCAACUGCAUGGCUAUGGCAGCUUAGGCUGCCUCACUGAUGAGCUUCCGUCUCAACGGAGGAUUGUCAGCGCAGGUAAAGGGAAGAACAAACUACCCUGGGAAAGGUUGAGCUUUACAUCUACUGAAAAUAAUCAUCACUGCAGCUCCCCCAGUGGAAAGUGCUUGGAGCAGGUAACCAUCGGAGAUGUUAUUCCGCUAUCCAGGAAACUGAGCCCAGAGACCUACAUCCCCACUUUUAGUUCUGCAGAACCACAGACACCCCAAGCCUCUAGGAGAAGGCUGUCUCCUGCCCGGCUGAGAAGAAGCGGAAGCCUCAACUUAGACCCCGACAUCUUUGAAACCACAAACUUCACAGAGACUGAUAGCGCGUCUUCCAAAGGACACAUGCUCUCAAGGAAUCCCAGUGUUGAGCGCACGCUUUCUCUCCCCUCAAACCACACAAUCUCAGGUUCCUUCCUGCUGCCUUCCUACCCUCUGGCUGCACUCCCAGGAGGCAGGCUCACUCCAACACUUUCCCGUCGCCAUGCCGACUCGUCACUCUCUAUGUCCAACACCUGGCCCAACAAGCGAGAGAGCAGCCCUCAGCAGCGAGACACCAGCCCCUGGAGGGACACAGCAGGAAAAGGGGACCAAUCUAUCAGAUGUUCUCCAAGGCCAAUCCGUGCCGCCCUAAAGAGUUCUUCUUCAACUUUGUCAUUCCGCCGGGCGCUGAACAGUAAUAAGACAGCACUCCCCAUUUCACCAGUCAUUGCUUCAGCGGAUCAGACACAUUUUUAUGACCAGAGAUCCAAUGCACGGUACAGCCCCCAAAAUCAGCAACUCGAGAGAGACCAUCUCCUGGAGCCUGUUGGCUUUAACACAACACAAAACAAUCAAGAGGAAGAUGCUUUGGACAUGCAGGAGAUGUUGAACUCUCUGCGUUCCCUGCGAAACAGUGCUGCUAAGAAGAGGGCCAAAGUGAGCCUUAGCAGUUCAGACCCAGACCAGGAAAGCCAGGAUCCUGUAAGGUUAGACCUGAGUCAAGACCCAGUUGUGCACACGUCUCGCAUGCUUACCAGCUCAGCCAGCGAGAAUGGUCUUUCCAGUUUGAGUCUCACCAGUUCCAGUGUCUUUGGCAUCAAAACAAGUCCUGGAAGCAUGACCUCCUCAGGAGUGAAACCUCGUAUGGCAAGAGUGCCUUCUGCAAAAUUGAAGUCGUCUGUGUCCAUGGACUUAAGCAGCCUUUCAGGAUUAUGUCAGAGAAAUGAACUGUCAUCCCAGGUGGGUGUUGUUGGGCAGAGAGUCAGCUACUCCAAUGGAACUUUUAGAAGCAAUGAGGACACAACAGUACCCUCACCCCCCUUGAUCAAACCAGCAUUAAGUGAAUCACAGAGAACUCUAAAGUCAAGUAACGAAUCUCGCAUCAACGGAAGAAGGAAUUCACUUGCAAAAGACGUGUCUGAAGGAGUCAUUGGAAGAGGUAUGUUUGAUGCUAAAGUGUCCUCACCUCGUCCAGGGUUGUCAUUCGAGCAGGGUGAUACGGUGGCGAAACCCUCUGUUGAACCCCUCGGAUGCCUCCAUCUUUUGUCUGGUGAUCACAGAACCACAAGUCCUGAUGAGAUGACGAAUACACGCUCCAGGCAUAGGGACAAGAUCCGGCACCGUGUCAGACAAAUGCUUUCUGACUCACCCACUGAAGAGAGUACGAAGAUUAAACAUCUCCAUCUAAAUGGUAGCACAAUCACGUUCUGUACAGCAGACCUUUCCUCAGAUGGGUCACCCAUUAGCCCCACCAGCCCGCUCAGUCCACCUGGACCCCACAGCCCCAUCAAGUGCCUCACUCCGCCCCACCAACCAAGCCCCCCCACUGUGCCUCCUAAUCCCCAAAACAUGUCCCGCGUAAGGAGAGCACCAAGCCUCACCAGGACGCGACCUUCACUGUCCCACAGCUCAGAGGAUCUUUCCUCUGUUGCUGUGGGCCACAAGAAAAACUCCUCUCAGCCUCCAGAAUUGUGUCUUUCUUCCAAACCUGAUCAAGCACUGGUGCAGAGCUUGGACCGGCUGAGCUCAGAGUGCUGGGAGAAAAAGAUUGAAGGUCUGACACUGCUGCGCUCUCUGGCUCAGUACCACUCAGACAUACUUCAGGGCAGGCUUCAUGAUGUCUGCAUCGCUCUCACUCAAGAGGUGAAGAAUCUUAGAUCAGGCGUGUCCAGGGCUGCAGUGCGCACACUUGGCGACUUUUACACACACCUACAGAAGGCAAUGGACCAGGAGUUGGAAGGGACCGUUAAAGCCUUGGUGCACAAGGGAGGAGAAACUAAUGCCUUUAUUAGGCAGCAUGUUGAUGACGCUUUAGACUGCAUGGUGCAGCACUGCACUCCCACUCGAAGCAUUCAAGCUUUACUCUCUGGGGGAGUUAGUCACCUCAAUCCAGUGGUAAGGAAAUGCACUGCCCAACACUUGGCCAAUCUGGUGGAAAAGGUCGGUGCCGGUCGUCUCCUCAGUGGAGGUAAAGAUUUAUCUGAAAGAAUUGUACCUGCAGUAAGCAGGCUGGCACAAGACUCCUCACAAGAAGCAAGACACUAUGGCCGUCGAAUGCUGUUGUCCCUGUCCUACCAUCCAGACUUUGAUAAGAUCCUGGAAAGAACUAUUCCGUCGAAAGACCUGCAGCCUACCAGAGACACAAUCUUAAGUCUCAAAACCAAGGGGCUAGGUGAGAUGCCCCAGGACACCCACUCAGCGAGAGGCAGACGCUCCCUCCCAGGAAGUGGCACAGUCCGAGCCUCAUCUCUCAACAGAGAGCCAGUCAACCACAGCAUCAGAAUGGUUAACAGUAAUUACAGCAGCAGACAUCCCACACACAGCAUCGCCGACAAGAAUGACUACAUCAAUCAACUAACUUGCAUGCUGGGAUCCAAGGACUUCAGAGAGAAACUUAAGGGCAUGGACCAGCUCGUGUCUGACUGCCAGCAACACCCCGACCUGGUCAUCCAUAGUUUAUUCCCGCUUUUUGAUGCCCUAAUGGCCAGACUGCAGGAAUCUAACAGCAAAGUCAACCAGCAUGCCCUGGAGUCGCUGCAAAAAAUCAUCCCCUUGAUGAAGGACAACUUGUCUCAAGUGGUCAACCUUCUAGUCCCGGCUAUUGUGGACAAUCACCUCAACUCUAAAAACGACGCCAUUUACUCCGCUGCUAUUGGUGCAAUCGAUGCACUUAUCCUCAAUCUGGAUAACAUGCUCCUCCUUAAGCCUUUCUGCACCAAGGCUCAGUUUGUCAGCGGUAAAGCCAAGCUGGAUCUUGUGGAGAAGGUUGCAGAUCUGGUGACCAAGCUGUACUCUCGCAAGCCGCAGAUGGUGGAGCAGAAAGCGCUGCAAUUGCUGUGGCACAUGCUGGGCACGUCCAGCCACAGCGGCACGGUGCACGGCCGAGGCGGCAGUACGCGCGCCGCCACCGCCGUUCUGUGCCAAGCUCUUCGCGCCCAGAUGGGGCCCGGCCUGAGCGAGUGCGCUGCAACGCAGUCCGCCACCACCCAAAAGGGGUUGAACGAGCUUCUGAGGAACUUGUCCAAAACAUAAAGCAGAGUCCGAGAGCAACAUUCAAACACUGACCUUACUUGAAGAUGGAGAUGUUCUACAUUUCUUAGUGCCUGCACUUUUAUCGCAAUGUCCUUGUCGAGUAGGAUUUGAACUCUUUUCUCAGUCAUUUUUCUUCCUCUGGCAGACCUGCCAACAUGCAGGCUUUUUUGUACACAUUUUACUUGCUGCUCUCCAGAUACGCAUUUUGUUGCAUCUUGACAUUCUCCGUUUGGAGUUGUGAAACAUGGAUCAUGAUUCUGUGUCGAGGCGCCAAGCGGCUCGCUCCUCCCCCUGCAAACCUUUUUGUGCAGUGUGACUUGCACGGUGCACCUCCAAAAAAAAAAAAAAAAAUCUAACCUCACAAAAGAACGUUAUUACUGUGUGUUCAGUCUGUUUUGCAGUAAAAAUUACUACUUAUAAGUUCCA